AUGACAAUGCAAUUCAUAAGCCAUCGGUUCCCUGAGUAUCAUGAUCCAACUAUAGAGGAUGCCUAUAAAACUCAAGUCCGAAUUGAUGACGAACCAGCCUAUUUGGACAUUCUAGACACUGCUGGACAGGCAGAAUUCACAGCCAUGAGGGACCAAUACAUGAGGGGCGGAGAAGGCUUCAUUAUCUGCUAUUCCAUCACAGACCGCCAAUCUUUUCAAGAAGCUGCUGAAUUUAAGGAACUCAUUUAUCGUGUCCGGCACACCUAUGACAUCCCCUUGGUGCUGGUGGGAAACAAAAUAGAUCUUGAAGAAUUUAGACAGGUAAGCAAAUCCUCUGCUGUUUCUGGUUUGAUCAUUGACUUUCUCCCUAAAUCAGACUGUGACAAAACCUUAAUGGUGAUAAUCCAGUUGCAGUUUAACACACAGCUUGAAACUUCAAACAACAGUGCCAUGUGCAACAUGGAGUACAAUCUGUGCAGCUUCUGGGGUACUUACAUACCAGAUGGGGGAGGGAUGUGGAUUCAGUUGUUCUGCCGAGUGAACAGGACAUUGCACCUGAUCCCGACAGAAAUAGCAUAUGAUUGA